GCAGCAAGCGUAAAGUGAUCUUUUUCUCAAACACAAAACUUUAGUUUCGUACAGAGAGAUGGUGAGAUGGUGCCGUCCACCGUGUGUGAUAUUGUUUUGAGUCACUCUGUGACACGUCUUUAAUACACGCGUCGCUCGUUAACGUUACCGCAAAAUCUGAUAAUCACACUUAUCGUAAUCCAAUCUCCACAUAAGCAUAUACGCAAACGUAACAAGUCUCAAGUGUCUCAACAAUUAACAUGUUCGCCUGCCCUCGUCUAUUUUCCCCAAUGAGAUAAAAAAGUUUCCCAAGUGGAAGAAAGGAGAACACAAAAUUGCCAAGUGUGCUGACAAGUGACAACCCAGCCAGACGGCGAAGUCGUCAACAAACGAGGCUAUACCUACAUACGUGCUUAUUACACACAUCGGUUGGCACGUGCUGCUAUUAGAUUUCUCCCAAUGAUCAGCAGAAGCCAACGUCGUCCUCGUCAGCCUCCUUUGACUUCACUUUAACGAUUGCAUUUCUCGUUGUUGGUAUUUUUAUUUUGUUGUUGUGGGAUCUACUGUCAUCGAACCAUGGCUGAUUUCGAUCUUGGUGAUCUCGUUGGCGAUCAAAUCGAGAAAGUCCUCCAGUUUCAGGACCUGACAGGAAUUGAGGAUCUCUCAGUAUGCAGAGAUGUUUUGCAGAGGCACGACUGGAAUCUGGAGGUUGCUGUUCAGGAACAACUGAAUCUUUAUGAGGGCAGACCAUCAAUGUAUGCUCAAGAUUCAAGAGUAAGACCUCCACCAGUAGUUGAUGAAUCGAAUUCAAGAAUAUACUUUACUUCUGCUGGCAGUACAGGUGGUGGUGGAUUUUUUUCGACUUACAUCCUCCCUUUUUGUUACAAUCUUAUGACCAGUAUUUUACAACUGAUAUUCGCAAUAUUCAGGAGGAAUGUUAGGCCUGUAUCCUUAGAUCCAGUCCAAGAUGUUGUGAAUUUCAUCAGAACGUAUGAAGAACAGUAUGGUGCAAGUCAUCCAGUCUUUUAUCAAGGCUCUUACAACCAAGCUCUCUCAGAUGCUAAACAAGAAUUGAGGUUUCUUUUGGUAUAUCUUCACAAAGAUGAAUCGCAAGAAGUUGAUCAGUGGUGCAGGAACACUCUAGGAAAUCCUGAUAUUGUACAAUUUGUAAAUAUUAACACCCUUUUCUGGGCUUGCAAUAUUAAGUCGGGUGAGGGCUACAAAGUUGCAGAAGCUCUCAAAGCAGGCACUUACCCCUUCUUAGCGCUCAUUGUACUAAAGGAUCACAAGAUGACGAUAGUCGGAAGAAUGGAAGGCACACCGUCACCGUCGGAGCUAAAGUCUCGUAUGCAGUCGAUAGUUGACAGCAACGAGGUAAACUUAAUUCAGGCACGCCAAGAGCGAGCUGAGCGCAGCCUGACGCAGUCCCUGAGACAGCAGCAAGACAUUGCCUAUGAGGAGUCGCUGCGCGCCGACCAGGAAAAAGAUCGGCGACGCGAAGAAGAGCGCAAAGCUCGCGAGGCCGAGAAGGCUCGGGAACGUGAGCAGCUCGAUGCCAUAGAAGCUGAGAUAAGGCGUAUCAAGUUCGAGAAGGAGCUCACUGUUGAAAUAGUACCGUCUGAGCCGGAACCCAGCGAUCCAAACGCUUGCCAUCUGCAGGUCAAGCUUGGCGAGCGGACGGUUAAACGUCGAUUUCUUAUGUCUCACACAAUUGAGGAUGUUUAUCACUGGAUUUAUAGUCAACCGGAUUCGCCAACAAACUUUGAAAUAACAACCAGUUAUCCAAGAAGGAUUCUGUAUCCAAGUGCUGACAUUUCAACGCUGAUAAAAGCAGGGCUAACUCACAGAGAGGUUCUUCACAUCAACGAUUUAGACGACUAAAUUUAUUUCGUUAAAAAAAAUGAACCAAAAACAAGCAUCACGUAUUAUUCCGCAAAGGGACGAUACAGCCGUUAAGAAACGUUUGUAAUGAAAUAAGAAAAAAAACAAAUAUAUAUAUGUACAUAUGAUAUAUGUGUAUAUGUAUGUACAUUGAAUAUUUUCAAUUUCUGCGCAAAGUACAAGCAAGCAGUUUUACAUGCGGUCUCUUGACGCAUUGUGUUUCCUAUUCGUUUGUAAAACUUUGACGUAUCUUCUUUUCUGCCAAACAAUGUGUUCGAUAAUGGCUCUGCAUUUUCUUUUUCCAUGAGAAAUAGAAUCACAUUUUAAUAAACAAAGCAUAAAUAAGACGAGGCCAAGUGUUUUACAGUUAAACUCAGAAUCUUUUGUUUUUAUUAUUUUUUUUUUUUUAAUUUUAUCUUUUUUGUUUUUUGUUCAGUAGAUCUAAUUUUGAAACAUUAUUACAAUAACACUGUGUACAUCAGUGUUCAAAUUUUCAUAUUUCUAUACGAUCGGUUGAGGUAUAUGUACUUCUAGUCUUGUGACCUAAACAAAAACAAACAAAAAGCGACGGAAAAUCGACAAAAUAAAAAUAUACCUAUGGAAUAACCUGAUAAUUUUUCUCUUCCACCUUAAAAGACGGUUCUGAGAUGAAAAAAAAAAUUAAAACAUUGCACCACUGUGGAAAGUACGAUUAAAUCACUUGAAUAUUUGUAAAGUGAAAUAAAGUUUUGUCCUUUGAUUA